GGGUAUUUAUUCUUUAUAGUGAUGUCAUUAGAGCGCGUUAAUCAAUGCAUGGCCACAUAGAUUUUUCUUUUUCUCCACAAAGAAAAAAAUGGCAACUAACGGAGAAGACAGAGGGACAAAGAAGACCGAAUGAGAGGGAGGUUGAGAUGUCAUUUUGUAAUGCUUCUCUUUCAGGCUUGGAAAUACUGUAUAGGUGUGAAGAUAGAAGAGCGGCGCCGGGGAGAAGAUUUAUGCUACAAUCAUAAGGACGGUGUGGAGCACUAUGGGCCAGAAGGUGGAGAAGAUGCAAGAGAAGGACGAAGAAGUGCCAUGGGACGGUACGGUCGCUUCAGGACGUAUGGACAACCAAAUUGAGCAGCCAAUCAGGGGUCUUGGUCAAAGGGAGCGACCUCUGAGAGCCACAGGGGGUGGAGACAAGGAGAGACAGCCUGUCACUGGAGCUACAGUGGACAGACAGACUUUCGAGAGAUCCUCUGAUAGCAAGGCCUGUAGUCAGACUAUGGAGGAGGAGCAAGCUUGUGGACAUACGGUUGAUUGGGGAGUCUCAUGCGAGCCUUCUAAUGAGGAGGGCUUUGUAGUUCUGGAGACACCUGAUGGGGACAAAAUAGAAUCUUCUGUCAAAAAUAGAGCUGAGGAAGCCAUGACUCAACCAUUCAGGAAUUGCUUACAAGAGAGGGUUGAAUUGACAGACAGCAGGUGUCCACAUGCCAAUGGUGACUUGCAAAAUGCAUUAGAGGAGGCGGACCCCUUGAUGGGGACGAGAAAGGAAUCGAACUGUGGACACCCCACUUCAUUGAUUCACUCGGAAACUAGGGUAACAGCACCUCCAGAUUCAGAGGUUUAUGCACCAGAAACCCAAGAGAACAGGUUUGCCAGUGCUGUCUCGAAGAGGGCAAAAGCAGUUGCGCGCAGUUUGGGAACAACAAUAACCUUGAAAGACCAGAGAUCUUGUCCAAAACCACAACUUGAGCAGGACGAUUGUGUUGAUUGCAGUGAAGACUGUGAUGGAAAGUCACAUUUUGCACACUUGACAAAGGAGAACAAUCUUGUUUGCUUUUCCGCCGUCAUCACCCCUUCACCUUUAGCUCAUCUUUUACCUGAAAGAGACACAUCGAGUGGACAGAUGGACAAGCCUCCACCGACAGAGAGGCCUAAAGUCAAAGGUCCACCUCCACCAGUUCCGAAGAAACCUAAAAAUCCAUUCAUUAAGCUGAAGGCGACUCAGGAGAUGUCCAGCGAUGUGCAAAGACGGGGAAACCUGCGUUCUGAAGACAAAGUCAGAAGGAGACACACUGUUGAAUUUAACAGAUGCAAUCUCAGAGAUGCUCCGAUGUUCAACCAGGACAUGUGUGCAUUGUGGGACGAAAGGGGCACCUACGCCAACAUGCAUCGCUUGUCCAUGGACCUCAGCCCUUGGGAACACUUGUCACUGGAACACAUGGACGACGAGUACGGGGACUUGAUUGACUUUGAGUACUGCACUCGUGUGGCCAAACUGUCCUCAGAUGAGGAGCUUGUAGAGUUGGACAUGUUGCACAGACGCGUGUUCCUGGAAAAACAAAAUAAGUUGAAGAGGGCACCGCUGCCUGUUGUGAAAAAGCAGACAAAUCCUUUCAUCCCUGCAGAGUCUGUCGACGCACCAGAGGUCGCAUCAGAUAAUGACACCCAGCAACCAAAACCUGCUUUGAGAAGAGAGCCCUUCACACAGGACAACAACAGACUGCGAGCUGGUCCCAGAACUGGUACAGAUACAGAUGAUCCCACAGAGAUUGCGUCCUACAAGCCUGUGGCCGAGCUCGUCAGGGAGACAAUGAAGAGAAGUCAGGCAAACAGACUUAAACCUGAAGGAACUAAAACACAAGUCCAGGUGGCAGAGCAUCAGAGUCCAAGCGUCAAAGUAUCCCAAAUGAAGAACACUUUUGAUGUACCAAAGAAGUCCAAAGAGAGACCACAAGAGCAUCAACAAUCUCCAAAGAAAGGUAUAUACCUGUAG